CUUGCUUGAUGCUGUCGCGCACGGGGAGGUAGUAGCUAGGCUACACGAUGUAUUUCAUAGUAGGUGAAGUUGAGGAGGGUGCACAACUGCGUCGGAGGAGUGUAAUCUUGACUGGCCAUCAUUUGGAGUCAAUUCAGCUGCCGGAGAAAAGCUGCAAGCCACAGUUUGGCGACUGAAACCUAGGGACUACAUUUCGCAAAGUUCCCUGACACGCAAAGAGCUGGUGGAGGUGAAUCGGGGAUAAGACAACAUGAGUGACCGUUUCGACUGUGGCGAGUGCAAGGAGUCCCUGUACGGACGCAAAUACAUCCAGGUGGAGGACGUUCCCCACUGCAUCCCCUGCUAUGACCGCCUGUAUGCCAACACAUGUCAGGAGUGCAAGGAGCUCAUCGCACACAACGCACGGGAGCUGUUCUACGAGGACCGGCACUACCACCAACACUGUUUCCGUUGUUUCCGCUGUGACCGCUCGCUGGCGGACGAGCCCUUCACCAGCCAGGAGGAGGCGCUGCUGUGCAACGACUGCUACUGCAACGAGUUCUCCUCCAAGUGUGUGGCCUGCGACAAGACCGUCAUGCCAGGCUCAAAGAAGUUGGAGUACGGGGGCUCUGCCUGGCACGAGGACUGCUUUGUGUGCCAUGGCUGUGAGAAGCCCAUCGGUGCCCAGUCCUUCAUCCCCGACAAAGACGACUACUACUGUGUACCCUGCUACGAGGGCAGGUUCGCCCCGCGAUGCAGCCACUGCAAAAAGGCGCUGGCGACAGGGGGUGUGAGCUACAAGGACGAGACGUGGCACAAGGAGUGUUUGGUGUGCACGGGCUGCAAGAGCCCACUAGCCGGCCAACCCUUCACCUCCCAGGGAGACACACCCUACUGCGUCAAGUGCUUCAGCAACCUCUACGCACAUAAGUGUGCCACCUGCAACUCGCCCAUCACAGGGUUUGGCGAGGGGAAGUACAUUUCUUUCCAGGAUCGGCAGUGGCACCAGCCCUGCUUCAAGUGUUCCCACUGCUCCGUCUCUCUGGUUGGGUCCGGCUUCUUCCCCGACCGGGACCAGAUCCUGUGUGGAGACUGCAACAACGACCAAGAAGACCAAUGAGAAUCACUGUCUCCGUCCUUCAACUGCGCCUGACCAAUCACAAAUGUACAGUUAUAGCUGUCCCGUUUGUAACACACAGCGGUGUCCAUAUCAGCGGUGUCCAUAUCAGCGGUGUCCAUAUCAGCGGUGUCCAUAUCCAUUACCACCAGUACAGAGAGCCUCUAAACCUCAGCCUAUAUGUAAUACUACAUCACCCUAAAUAUAUAUAUCUUAAAAUACAUAGUACACAUUUUUUGUUUCAGCGUUGCAUGUACGUCUAUGUUGUUAAACCAGAUUUUCAAAUAUAAAGCACAUCGAAAUAUAUUUAUAAAGUGAACACAACACAAGUAUGAUGUGUUAGCUAUGGAAAUGUCUGCUCUACCCAAAAUUACAACCAAAUAAUUGCAGCCUUACCGCAAAAGUGGAAGAGGAAAG